UGGGAUUACAAUGGUAAAUGGAAGAACCGACAGUGUCGUCGUAGGUAACAUAAAAACAUACUUUCUAUGACAGUUCUGACUACUGACAGGGACACCAGGACUAAAUCCUCCGCAGGUGACAAUGGAGAGGGAUAAGAACCCUGGAGUAAGUGGGGAGGGAAAACAAACACUAGCAGAGCUGCUUGAGACAGAUUUACUGAAAUGUCCUGGCUGUUCCGAACAGUUUACAUCCCCCCUCCUUCUCCCCUGCCUCCACAGUCUUUGUGCAGACUGUGUUCAGGACCUCAGCAGGUCCAAAAUACAUGAAUCAGACAACUCUAAUCAGGAACUCCAAAACCAGAAUUGUGAUUCCAAAGACAUUAAAUCAUCUCACAUGGGAAAUAGUACUCUAAAGAAAUCUAACCUAGGGACUAAACCCACAACUACACAGAAUUCCUCUAACGGCAAGUCAUGCGAUUUACAGACCACCGAUGGUGGUGAAGGCACUUCCUCUGAAGAUCAGGAAUUUGGGCAGGUGUUCCAGUGUCCUAUAUGUGCAUCAAGUAUCAAUACUCAAAUCUUCCCAGUGAACAACUUCCUCAAGCAUUUGGUGGAGCUAUACACCUACAAAAAUGGCCCCACACCUGUGUGUGAUUACUGUGCCUUUACUGGUAAAUCAACUCCAGCGACUGCACUUUGCCUCGACUGCCAUGACCAUAUAUGUGAUAGCUGUAGUGAUGCACAUCGCCGUACAAAGGUCACACGCAGCCACCAGGUGGCACCAUACAAACAGAUCAAAAUGGGAAUGUAUGACCAUGAUAUCCGUGCACAUCAAUUACCAUUGUGCAUCAACCAUACACAAGAAAAUGUGACAUUGUUCUGCGACAAGUGUGAAGAAGUUGUCUGUAGCCAAUGUAUGUCAUCAGGUCACAAAGGUCAUAGCACAUGCUCUGUGGAGUCCGCUGUGCCAAGGUACAAACUGGCAAUGCAAGGGCUCAUAAGGGGGCUUGUCAAACAAAUUCCAUCUAUUUCUAAGUACUGUAAGUUUCUGGCCUCUAUCAGUACAUCUGUAGAGGAGGCAAAGCUCAAGCUUUUCUCUGACUUGGAAAACCAGGCAAACACACUCCAUACCAUGAUCGAUGAGCACAAAAACCAGACAAUGGAACGUGUUGCAUCUACAUGUGCCCAGGAAAUAUGUUUGUUGGAAGAUAAAAUAUCCGGAUUGGAACGGGCACAACUUUCCCUAGGUGAUAAUGCGAAUUACUUGGAGUGCCUCUUGGUCCAUGGUCAGGGGGAAGAACUCUUAUCACUCCAUCAUUUGGUCACUCAUCGCCUCACACAACUUACACAUCUAGAAUUGGACGGCAUCAACAGCAAGCUACGCCUCAACUUCACCCCAACAUGUCCUACUAAGGCAGCAGUGUCUACCAUGUUUGGUAGCCUUUCUCUGGGACAUGUGCCACUGAACAGUGAUGAAACUGUCUCCAUGGCAACCAAUCUUUCCUCCACAUUGCUGCCCUCUGUUAAGAACACACCACCAACCACUCUCACCUUCUCUACCAAGUGUGAUGAUGAUAUCAAGGAUGUUUGGCCGACAGGAGUAGCCAUCACCAAAGACAACAGCAUUGUCAUAGCUGACCGUGACAACAAGAACAUUAAAAUUUUCAGUAGCAAUGGUGAGAGGAAGCUCGUGUUUUGUGGGGAGGGAGAGGGGAAGAUUGGGACACCAUUUGAUUUAACUGUGUUAACAAACUCCAACAUUGCAGUUACAGACCGUGAAUGUGAGGACGUCAAAGUCUUUACACAGACAGGCAAGUAUGUCUUCUCAAUCAAAGGACAUUUCCGUAACCCACGUGGCAUCACAACCAAUAACAAGGGCCAAAUCAUAGUGGUCGACUGUCAGAAACUUCAACUCACUGUACAUGACCCAAAAGAUGGCAGUCUUCUCAACACCAUCACUGCCCGCAACAAGGAUGGCACAAAUGCACUUGUUGACCCAUUCUAUGUGUCUGUCAACAGUCUGGGAAAUAUCUUAGUGACAGACACUGCAGCACCGAACAUCAAAGUAUUCUCCCCCCAGGGGGCGUAUCUGUCCCAGCAGGGCACAUACGGCACACGGGACAACCAGACACUGCAGCCUUACGGUGUCUGCUGUGAUAGGUAUGGCUAUCUUUUUGUGGCCGACAAUAAUAAUGAUCGGAUCCUUCUCCUUAAACCAGACGGUCAGUUCCAGAGGCCACUUCUGACACAGGCUGAUGGUCUGUGGCAUCCCAUGGCACUGACCACUACUAAUGACACAUUGGUGGUCACUGAAGCACUCGGACAAGUCAAGGUCUAUAGAUAUGUGUGAUAGAUAUCAAUGAAUCGACUUAUAUGUGACGGACACACUUAUUCUGCUGGUUUGAUAUAUAUUGAGUCAAAUACUUUUAUAAAUGUCUAUCUUAAGUAAAGCAAUAUUUACAGCAAAAAUGUUUUUUUUUUUAAACCAUCUAAAAUUAGUCAUAUGAAGUUAUUUCUCAAUACCUGGAGUGAAAGCAUUUCAUAAUUCUCACUAAAUUUUAAUGCAAGACUUUAUGUAGAAAAUGAAAUUAAAUGAAACAUUGCUUGUUGUUAAAAUUUGGAAGAUAGAUGAAACUGUAUGAACAUCUGACAUCACAUAUACUAUUCAAUAAAGUAAUUAUAAUAACCAA